AUGGCGGAGCUGCGCCUGGAGGAGGGGAAGAGCUGUUGCAGGCUUUCAAAAGAUAUUGAGUACCUCAUCAGUAAGGAGAGCCAGGUGAAAGCUCACAUCACACAGCUGGAUCUGCUGCUGAAAGAAACAGAGUGCAACAGUGAACGAGCUAAAGAAGAAGCAUCUCAGAGCUUUGAGAAAUUAUCUCAUGUCCUAGAAGAGAAGAAGUCCGCAGCUCUUAGGGCAAUUGAAACUUCUAAGAAUUUAAGGCUGGAAAAAUUGCAAACGCAAGCAGAGGAAUAUCAAGGGCUCCUGGAAAAUAAUGGCCUUGUAGGAUAUGCUCAAGAGGUGCUUAAAGAAGCUGAUCCAUCUUGUUUUGUUCAAACAGCAAAACAGCUUCAUGUCAGAAUCCAAAAAGCUACUGAAUCUCUGAAGAGCUUCAGGCCAGCAGCUGAAACUACUUUUGAAGACUUUGUGGUGGACAUAGCUAAGCCAGAAGAGAUCCUUGGUGACUUGUCCUUCCAUUCCAAUGGUCUAGAAAUACCAGAAAUCAAUGAAGAGCAGAGCAGAAUGUACAACAAAGCUCUGAUCAGCUGGGAAUGCCCUGGGAAGACAGACUCAGCUGAUAUCUAUGUUCUUGAGUAUCAUAAGCUUAAUAGAGAAGAGGAGAGUGCGACGUGGCAGGAGAUCAAAGUUUGCAGCAAGAGCAAAGUAAUAUCUGAUCUUGAUGAUGACAGCUCCUAUGCCUUUAGAGUUCGAGGAUAUAAAGGGUCCAUCUGUAGCCCUUGGAGCCGAGAAGUUAUUUUGCGUACGCCUCCAGCUCCAGUUUUCAGUUUUCUUUUUGAUGACAAAUGUGGGUACAACAGUGAACAUCUCCUGCUGAACCCAGGAAGAACCUCUGUGGAAAGCAGGGCUGGAUUUCCUCUACUGCUGGGAUCUGAGCGCAUGCAGAUCGGAUGCUACACAACCCUGGAUUACAUCAUUGGCGACACUGGGAUUGCCAAAGGGAAGCACGUCUGGGCUUUUCGUGUGGAAGCCUAUUCAUACCUGGUGAAAGUGGGAGUUGUUUCUAGCAACAAGAUACAGAAAUUGUUCCAUAAUACCCAUGAUGUGACCAGCCCAAGAUACGAGCAAGACAGUGGUCAUGACAGUGGGAGUGAAGAUGCCUUCUUUGAGUCAUCACAGCCUUUCACACUGGUCACUUUAGGCAUGAAGAAGUUCUUUAUCCCCACAACACCUGCUGCCCCCAAGGAUCCAGCGAGCAGAAUCCUUCCCCUGCCAUCGUGCUUGGGCAUCUGCCUCGACUGUGACAAAGGCAAGGUGGGGUUCUACGACGCAGGCCGUAUGAAAUGCCUUUAUGAGUGCGAGGUGGACUGCUCUGGCAUAAUGUACCCAGCGUUUGCCUUAAUGGGUGGCGCAGCAGUUCAUCUUGAGGAAGCUGUCACAGCAAAGUACGGGGAGUACCACGACGACAUCUAG